GACGAGUCCAUUGGUUUGGUAGCCAAUGCCUUCAACUUCAGUAGACCUGCGACGAGCGUCGGAUUAUUGACGGUUCCAGUUUUCAGUAGCGUUCUACCCACCAUCAUGGCUCCGGGAGCCGAAAAGCGUUGGAUAAUCCUACUCUUGCUCCAGAUUGUAUCGUUUGCAAUAGUGGCGAUCGUGGGACAAACCACCCAAAACAUUAACAUUUUGUUCGUCAACGAGGUGGACAACAAUUUGGCCAAUGUAGCAGUUGAGGUGGCGCUUAACUACGUGAAGAAAAAUCCUCAGCUAGGCCUUUCGGUCGAAAUGAUGUACGUUGAGGGCAAUCGAACGGAUUCCAAGGACCUUCUACAAGCGCUAUGUUCGAAGUAUGGUCAGGCGCUGAGCGAUAAUCGACCGCCGCAUUUACUGCUCGAUACUACGCUCACCGGAGUCUCGUCGGAAACGGUGAAAUCGUUCAGUCUCGCGCUCGGCAUUCCCACCGUAUCGGCCUCCUUCGGGCAGGAGGGGGACUUGCGGCAGUGGCGGGACCUAACACCGACCAAACGAGGCUAUUUGUUGCAGGUUAUGCCGCCGGCCGAUAUGAUUCCACAAGUGAUUCGAUCUAUUAUCAUCUACAUGAACAUCACCAAUGCUGCCAUCCUGUACGACCAAACAUUCGUAAUGGAUCACAAAUACAAAGCUCUGCUGCAGAACAUUCCAACGCGCCACGUUAUCACCAGCAUUGCCGACGAUCGGGACAGGGCCAGCCAAAUAGAGAAACUCCGCAACUUGGACAUUAAUAACUUCUUUGUGCUCGGUUCCAUAGCAUCCAUCAAACAGGUGUUGGAAUCGGCUAAAAACGAAUACUUUGAGCGCAAUUUUGCGUGGCAUGCCAUCACUCAGGAGCAGAAGGAUCUAACGUGCAAUGUGGAAAACGCAACCAUCAUGUUCCUUCGGCCGAUGUCGGACAGUUCGAGUAAAGAUCGGCUGGGCAGCAUUCGCACCACGUACAACCUUAAGCAGGAACCUCAAAUCACCGGAUUUUUCUACUUCGACCUAACGCUACGAGCGUUGAUUGCGAUAAAGAACAUACUGCAAUCUGGAUCUUGGCCGUCAAACAUGAAGUACAUCACUUGCGAGGACUACGAUGGGACCAACACACCGAACCACACGAUCGAUCUUAAGACGGCUUUCGUUGAAGUGACCGAGCCUACUACGUUCGGGCCGUUCGAAAUACCGAAGGGAGCCAAAGUGCCAUUCAACGGUAACACUUUCAUGAAAUUCGAUAUGGAUAUUAAUGCAGUUUCCAUCCGUAGCGGCGCCUCCGUUAAUACGCGCAAUCUCGGCACAUGGGAAGCGAGCCUCGGCGCACCGAUCAACGUGGCUAAUGAGGCGGAAAUAAAAAAUCUCACUGCCGACGUUGUCUACCGUGUGUAUACGGUGGUGCAAGCGCCCUUCAUAAUGCGUGACCCGACCGCGCCCAAAGGCUUCAAGGGGUACUGCAUCGAUCUGCUGAACAAAAUCGCCGAGAUAGUGGAGUUUGACUACGAGAUCCGCGAGGUGGAGGACGGCAAAUUUGGCAACAUGAACGAAAACGGCGAAUGGAACGGGAUCGUGCGUAAGCUGAUCGACAAGCAGGCCGACAUCGGGCUCGGAUCAAUGUCGGUGAUGGCCGAGCGGGAAACGGUUAUCGAUUUUACCGUCCCAUACUACGAUCUGGUUGGCAUUAGCAUCAUGAUGCAGCUGCCCAGUACGCCCAGCUCAUUGUUUAAGUUUCUCACCGUGCUGGAAACGAAUGUGUGGCUCUGCAUUUUGGCCGCCUACUUUUUUACCAGCUUUCUCAUGUGGGUCUUUGACCGCUACAGUCCGUAUAGUUACCAGAAUAAUAGAGAAAAGUACAAGAAUGACGAUGAAAAGCGCGAGUUCAACAUCAAGGAAUGUCUGUGGUUCUGCAUGACAUCGCUCACACCGCAAGGCGGCGGAGAGGCGCCGAAAAAUCUAUCCGGACGCUUAGUUGCUGCUACCUGGUGGUUGUUUGGGUUUAUCAUUAUUGCCUCAUACACAGCCAAUUUGGCAGCCUUUCUCACGGUGUCACGAUUGGACACGCCAGUCGAAUCGUUGGACGAUUUGUCCAAGCAGUACAAAAUUCUCUAUGCCCCACUGAACGGAUCGUCGGCAAUGACAUACUUCCAGCGAAUGGCGGACAUUGAAGCCAAAUUUUACGAAAUUUGGAAGGAGAUGUCCCUUAACGACUCAUUGACGGCGGUCGAACGGUCAAAGCUAGCCGUCUGGGAUUAUCCGGUCAGCGACAAGUACACCAAAAUGUGGCAAGCGAUGCUAGAGGCAGGCUUGCCAAACAGUCUGGAAGAAGCCGUCCAGCGCAUUCGAAACUCCACGUCUGCCUCUGGCUUUGCAUUUUUGGGCGAUGCUACCGACAUUCGUUACCAGGUGCUGACGAAUUGCGACUUACAAAUGGUGGGUGAAGAAUUUUCCCGCAAGCCGUAUGCGAUCGCAGUACAGCAGGGUUCACCGUUGAAGGAUCAGUUUAACAACGCCAUACUGAUGCUGUUGAAUCGACGCGAGUUGGAAAAACUGAAGGAGCAAUGGUGGAAAAAUGACGAUGUGCAAAACAAGUGCGAAAAGCCGGACGAUCAGUCCGACGGCAUAUCGAUACAAAACAUUGGUGGCGUGUUUAUCGUAAUAUUUGUGGGUAUUGGCAUGGCCUGCAUUACGCUACUGUUUGAGUUUUGGUACUACAAGUACCGCAAUAACUCAAAGGUGAUCGAUAUUGUGGAUUCGUCCGAGCAGCAGCAGCAGCAACAGCAGCACCAACAAGCUACGGUCGUGAAAAGUGUUCGUCCUGCCGGCAAGCUCAUCAAACAAGAUUCACUAAAGGAUGCCACUAAAGGCCAACAUUACCAAACCCUCCGCACACGUACCUUGAUGCCCAACCUGAGCAAAUUUCAACCUCGAUUCUGAACUGCGGUUUGGGACCGUUCGCAAAGCUAACGACACAGCCUAAAGUAUUACGAAUAUGGAAAGCGGACCUCCAUUUACAUGGAGUGUUUCUUUACUUGCUAGCUUAUAAUACAUUACAGUAAUGGGGAUAUAGAUAUAAGAUUAUUCGAUUGUACCUAAAACAGAAUUUGUAAAACACCUGAAAAUCAUGUUUCUCUUUUUUGCAAAAAUAAACACAAAGCAUAGAUAAAA